AGUAUUCAGUGACGUUUCAAGCUCCUUGAUGUUAUUGACGUUUGCUCACGUGUGUUUUUUAAUCCUAACCUCGCCACAGAUAAACUCGGCCUUACUAUUCUAGCCUGAAUUAAAGUAUAAAAAUGGAAGUUGAUACACCUGUCGAAACAAUCGACAUCAAUAAUCUCGAUGUCCGAAAGGGCAAGAAGAGGAAAAACCCCAACCCAAGCGUUUCAGAAGUGGUAUCUCAUAAUGGAAUAGAAGGUAAAAUUAGAACCAGGCCAAAACCAAAAAAAACCAAGCUGGUCCCAUAUUCUGAAUCUAAAGAAAACGUAAGAAAAAUUCCUGUACCAUCACAUAGAUUAACACCUCUUAAAGAAAAUUGGAUGAAAAUCUAUACACCAAUCACCGAAAACUUAAUGUUGAUAAUGAGAUUCAAUACAAAAUCUAGGAAUGUAGAAAUAAAAACUCAAAAUGCUACGGAGGAUUUUUCCAAUUUGCAGAAGGCCGCAGAUUUUGUUAAGGCAUUCAUUUAUGGUUUUGAAGUUGAAGACGCUCUAGCCUUGAUUCGAUUAGAUGAUUUAUUUGUGGAAACAUUCGAAAUUAAAGACGUCAAAACAUUAAACGGUGACCACAAAUCGAGAGCCAUUGGUAGAUUAGCUGGAAAAGAAGGGAGAACAAAAUUCUCUAUAGAAAAUGCUACAAAGACAAGAAUUGUUUUGGCAGAUAGCAAGAUUCACAUUCUGGGAAGUUUUCAAAAUAUACAGUUCGCCAGAAAAUCCAUUUGUGAUUUAAUUCUAGGUUUACCACCAAGUAAAGUUUUUGGACAAAUGAAGAACAUAAAUUCUCAUGUCUCUGCCAGAAUGUAAAUUUCAUUGUUGAAAUAAAAGACAUGAAAAUGAUUUAAAUUAUAUUUAUACAAAAAAUGUAAAUAGGAUAUAUUUCAUUAAAAUUAUCUGAAAUGUUUUGAUAAAUAUCUACUAAUAUAACAAUAAUCUGGCUGGAAUACCUAGGUCGAUAGCCGUUUGACUGACUGGUCAAUAAAAAGUUCAGUUUGA